ACGAAAAUAACCUUCUUUAUGAAUUAACGCUAGAGCCUCGACUCUUUACGCCGAAGUUAAACCGUACACAACAGGGAAGAGGAGUGUAGGAGUGGGCACACUUCGCUUUAUACCUUACACCUAUCCGCGCUGCACAGUCUCUUCAGAUCUCAAGAGUGAGUCGCGCCUCUUUCUAAAACGCGGUCCACAGUACAGUAUAUAUUAGUUUUGUACAAGUUAUUAUCGCAUCAUUAUACUCCAUGCUCUGUUGCGUGUCCAAACAGUCCGCUGCCACGGUGGACUCGUUAUCGGAAUCGUUGCGGGAGGAGGGUAUAAGGCCGAGAGGUCAGAGGCCCGGUUCUGAGAUCCGUCGUUUGCAGGUUGAUUCUUUACCCGCGAAAUUAUCACGGGAAGAAGAUGCGCCGCCGGUCCUUCUACCAUGCUCAAUCUGCUCGCGGACGUUCAAGCCGCAAUCAUUGGAAAAGCACACAAAGAUCUGCGAGCGAGCAGCCGCCAAAAAAAGAAAACCCUUCGACUCUGCCAAACAGCGUAUCCAGGGCACCGAUCUAGCCGAGUUUCUACCUAAGCAGGGAAAGCGGCGGCCCAUCCACGAGGACAAAUCUUCCAAGCCCAAGACCACCUGGAAACAGACGCACGAUGAAUUUCUGCGUGCCAUACGAGCUGCCCGUGGCGAAGCCGAUGACGUAUCGGCACCGCGGCAGGUGGCCGCUGUCGCCCCUACGACGGCUCCAACUCGUGCCAACGAGAAGGGUACAUGUCCCACGUGCAAUCGGCAAUUCGGCAUCAAAGCCUACGAUCGGCACGUGGCUUGGUGCAAAGAACGUGCAACUCGUCUUCCGGUAAGCCCAGCGACAAACAUUGCGAAGGAGCGUCUAGAAGCUCGGAUAAACUACCGAGCACCGACACUGAGAAACCGCCGGUUGACCAACCGAGAGAAGUAUUCCCCUGGUUCGACAGUGAACAUAUCUACGGCAAGCAAAAUGUCACCACCGGGAUCAAAGCCUAAGGAAAGCGCAUCUGUACCCAGCUGCGCUAAAGCUAGCGACAGUCUUGUGAAAUCGAAGCCAGCAGCCGCCAGACGUUUGGGGCAUACCAAAGAAAUACCGAAUAUACCUGGGCCCAUGAAAUCACGCUUGGUGGAUCGGACUAACAGGCCGGCCGAAGAAUACGAGUCCGGACCCAUGUCUACUCGAACCUCUUCCUCAAAUCCUCGACGUCCCCUAUUGCCUAACGCCUCCCCAAAAUCUGUCAAAACCACCAUUAAGAAUACGUCGCCACCCCCAAAGUCAGCGCGUCGGUCAGAAAUCAGAUCCAGUCUGUCACCGCGUCUUUGUAAGAUACACGAGUCCACUAGCAGCGAGCCUGUGAAAUUAAAAAUUAAUUUGCUUUCGGUAAGAGGUUACAAUAACCCAAAAGUAAAUGACAUCGAUGUAAAUCAGGACGUUAUCGGCAUGUCAGUCCAACCUUGCAACAUUCAUAGAGAACAUAGCAUGACCAGUUGGAAACGGAUCAGCGAGGAGAAAACAGAUUCACAGAUAAUGACAGGCAAUACGGAUACUUCAAAAAUGAAAAAUACUAGUGUUGAAGAGCAGGAUAGUGAGAAGUGUAGGGUUGGGGUAUCAGAGAUCGUUUGUAGUGAAAAAUGUGGUGAAGAUGAUGAGUUUGAGAAAGCUGCUGAACGCCAUCGCCAAAGUUCGUCGAUAGUGUCCCCAAAAGUCAUGGAAUGCAUUCGGCCAUCCGAAGUCGCGAAUACCGCUGAUACCUCAAAACUGUCCUGGGUUAAGAAUAUAGAAGAACUUGAUAAGACUUAUUUGAUUAAGGAGUCACGUGAUUCAGACCCCGAUUCACUAUGCUUAUUAAUCCCGCCGAGGAAAUGGAAACCAAUAAAAAAUAGCCCCCGAGUGGAAUUUUACGUAAAAGAUAGAAUGAUGACUGUCUCAGAGUCCACAAUCAACUUCUAUGAAGACCAUGGUAACUUGGACUGCUUUGCAAGUCCCAUGAACUUCAAUGGACACGUCAACUUUACUAGCACACCUGUUCUAGAUAAUCUUGAUGUUGAUCAUGCUGAUGAUAUGCCUGAUACAGUACAGAAUCUAGAAGCUGGGAAAGACGUUAGUGCUCAAGAAGAUGUUGUAUUGUCAACAGAGCCAGGAAUUGCAUGGCUAGCUGAUACCACGCUGCAGCAGGAGGCGUCAAUGGCAUUAGAACUAGAAUUAAUCCAUUCUACAGCGAAUGAUCCUGCACUUCAGGAAACAACGGUGAUUAUUACGCCAAUUGAAACACCCGUGCAGCCUUCACCGGAGACAUUUUGCAAGAUAACUGUUCAGAACGAUUCGCCGAAAGUUAAAUCAACCAGGGUGAGUCGUAGAAAAAAGAAAAAGAAAAAUGCCGUUGUAAAACUCACUCCCCGUUUAAAACCUCUCGAUCAAACAGUUCUGGUCACAGAACAGCCUUUGAGUUAUACUAAUUUUAAUAAGAUUUAUGAAUUACCAUCGAACCCGCAAAUUGAUGCAAAGCAAACUUAUGCUCACGUCGUUAGUCCGAUUCCGAGAAGCUCUAUUAAAACAAAGUCUCCUUUAAAACAUCGGAAGCAGCGGGCUUUGACGGAUUGCAGUGAGUCGCAGUCACAAGAAAUCGAGGUCUGCCAAAGAGGUAAUAAAAGUGCACCUCGUAAUCCAACGCAAGUGGAUUCAGAAUUCGAUUCGUCGUUCGAAUUAAAGGCUUCUCCAUUUCCAUCUCCAAGAAGUUUUUUGAACUUGAUGGCGAGUCCUCCAAGUAAAAAUUGCAACUAUAGAAAAUGUUCGUCAAAACCAUCAAAGAAUCGUCUACAAGCUUCAGUGGAAGAGGUUGGAACCGUUAUUCAGGAACAAGAGGGUGAAAAUUCGAGAAAGGAUUGGUUUAGCGAUCACUGUACGGCUAGAUUAGGUAGACCUGGUCAAAAACUAGAAGCAACGAAAAAACAGUUAAAGCAUUUGGAUCUUCAGAAAAAAGAAAAUCGCUCCUUUAAAUCGUUGGAUGGUUUUCACGACGGGUCAGCUCCUGAUCCAAGCGCUAUCGACGACGAAAUUUCCAGGGUCACGACGCCCCAACUAUCAUCAACACGAUCUAUUGACACAGUGUCUUCGUCAUCGCAUCAAUACAGUGGCGUGAAUCCUUUGAGCGGGUCUCUAAAGCCAGAGUGUGGUGAUAGACGAAGAUGCGGGACUUACGUAAUAGAGAAAAGAUCAGUUCAUGGUACGUCCCAGAAUUACAACCCCGCGUCGGACGAGUCCCUCGAGGAUAAGCCAAUAGAGAAGCGACGUAAAACGGACCCAAUGCAACAAGAUUUGCAUGAGACGGAUGUUGGAAAAGGUGAUCUAGUGAUUGGUCAUGAAUCUGGGGAUGGUUACAGUCUGAAUGCAACGCUUACCGAUUCAAGAAAUUUCUUGGAGACAACGCUCGAAGAUGACGUCUCGGUAGACGUCGAUGUGCGGAAAAUAUAUGACAAAUAUAUAAACAACAACUUUGAUUAUGACAGCGAAAAUACUGUCGGCGGAAGUUACUCAAACGAAGUUGAUUUUGGUAAGGAACAAAUUGUGAUGGGCGAUAAGGAUGAUCAAGGCUUUCAAAAGAUUACGAAAGUUGCUUCGGAUUCGAAUGUGAUUCAGGUUAAGACUCCGCGGUCUCCGGAGAGAGUAAUUUCAAAAUCAAGUUGCCAAGAGGCUUUUGAUACGCAACGACGGAUUCGUAGGAACAUGAAUAUCUUAAGAGGGAGUACUGACAGUCUGGUGUCAAUGAUGGAUAUAGCAUCGAGGAGCAUUCAGUUGAUUUCUUCUUCAGGCUGCUAUGACAGAGAAAUUUGCAGAAUACAGCCGAUCAGGAGUGCCAUUAACACGGAAAGAUUGCCGAAGUUUUUACCGGAGAUCAACCAGGCAGAAGAUGUCGUAGCUUCAAAGAGCGUGGAAAAGAAGAAAAAAUCAUCGGACUCAACGUAUUGGGAAAAAGCAUCUAGAGUGUCCCAACACAGACUUAUAAAUCUCUACCCUCCGAAAGAAAAGUUUCGAUUUAUCAAGAAAAAUCCCAAAAGCCAAUUCCUUCCACCUAUCCAACCUGGAAGUCCUCUCUCCAUCAAACGUCCAAGGAGUGAACUGUCGUUUCGAGUCGUCCGCCGUAGUUAUUCAAGAAGUCCACCAAACUUUAAUCUCAUGCUUAGACGUAGAAUCGGAGCCAACCAGGACUACGACCCAUUCGUGACUGCUGAAAGGCAAAUCAACGAGUUGUUCGCGGAUACUAAUGAUCAGUUCCUGACGGAGGGUCUGCCGCUGGAGGGCAAUCGCUCUCCACCCAGUGAUACAAAAGUCACGCAAUUCCCGCUUUCGCAUUCCUCAGCUUUUGUCAAAUAUCCCUCUUCACCGCGGGCUAAUAAACGCGCUUCCGUUAUCGCGCCACCGUCAGAAUUUGACGAUUUUAUAUCUGACUUCUCUAGCGACUCGACCGAGACGAAUUCCACGACUCAGGAUUUUUUUAUAAACAAUUUGCAGAUGCAAACGCGGGACGCAAACGACUUCGACAAACUGACAGAGGACUGUACCAGACGCGUGGUUAUCGACAAGUCAAAGGUCGCGUUAGACGAAGAUGUUAACGCGAACUCUUGUCGUGGCAAGACGUUUGUUAGCUCGAUAGAAAGGUCACGUAAAAUUCUUGAAAAGGUUUCGCCGAAAGUUGUUCGGCCUGCCAUGAACAGGUCGCAUUCAGUUCGCUCUACAAGGGCUACAUCGGCACCUAGAGCACCGGAGCGCAAGAGUUCACUUAAGAAAUCGAUAUCACAUACGAAUGAUUACUCGGGUGUUUCGAACGCGUCGAAUAACAAUGGCUUCGGGGCUUUGUCCGGGAGUAAUUUGAGCCUUAGUUCAAUGCUGUCCUCGGAGGCAGACAUAAAAAGAUCAAAUUCGGUGUUCGACGAACUCUUGAGCUCCUUCGAAGACGACGGCUCUUCCUUUCCGUCCCUGAAAUCCUUCCUAAAGAGUGAUUCCGUCUCUACCUCAAUGUCCAGCCAGGUUCCGGAUAGCAGGCUGCGCAACGGGAUGAUCAGCGACGAGGAAUUAUCAUCGCCGGAUAGCUACAAACGCCAGAACCACAGCAAGCUGAGUGCCGACUCUGCCUACAGCAGUCUAAAUCGCAAAUGUUCCAACCAUGGACGCAGCACGAACGAUGUAGGAUCCAGAAUCGAGCAGGAACCAUUGCUAAAGCACGGGGAUGCUGAAGUUACACCGGGAAAAUUGAAGAUGUCUAAGUUUUGCCACGAGUGCGGAUCUAGAUUUCCCGAACCAGCGAAAUUCUGUUGUGAAUGUGGAGUCAAGAGGCUUGUUCUCUGAGCAAGCGGUCAGAGUUUUGAACUUGAAAAUACAAACCAUCUUCUCUUCCUGAGAAACCUGCUGGAUAUCUCCAACGGUUUCUCACCUGGCCUUGUCACCCUCUUGGUGCCGAAGCUACACACAUACAUAGAGUAUGCAUGGUAAACUAGAAGGUAUACCGAUCACGCAUGGAAUAUAUGUAAUAAUAAAUCCAUUCUCUUCAACACACAAUCGGGCGUGCCUCCCCACAGUUUUUCUCAAAUAAUUUUUAUCACGGGUCAAGAGAGUAAAAAAUACUAAUUUCCAAGCCUGCGUCAAUCGCUUGUGAUAAAACGAGAUAACCAUUCACUACACGUGUUACUUAUACGUAACGGUUGUUUGUGUAUCUAAAUUUUGCUAGUCGGCCUUAAAACAUUUGACAUUUUGCUAUAAUAAUCAUUAUGCCAGAUGGGCAAUUGAGGAUAUGGACCACAUCCAAUUCGAGGCAUGUGCGAUUAGAAAUUUUUAUAUCUUUUCGCACGUAAUAUAGUAAUUUAAAAGUUCCGAUUUGUAUUUUUAUACUUAACUACUUACUGUCAGUCGUUAUUCUGAAAUCAUGUGGAAAUGUGUUGAGCAAAUUCUGUUGUUCGAGUAAAUAAUACGUCGUAAAUUAGAUAUUUCCUUAAAAAUUAAGGAAAGAAUGCACCGAUCACAUAACAUCAUGUGUAUUACUGUUGGUUUUCAGUUGGCGUUUAUUUGAUUGGAAAACGAUAUUCCAAUUUAUGAUAACGCAAAUUCUAACUCACACCUCCGUGUGUGGAUUUUAUUGAUAUUGAGUUUUCCCCCUUGCAAUAACAUUAUUGAGCGAUUGAGACAAUCAUUUAUGCACCGCGCGUCAUGUAAGUCGAACGGUAUCACUAGUUUGUUGAAAUGUCACCAUUUUUGGUUUUUGUUAAAAAUGUAUGUCGCUAAGUUCAUCAUAUUUUAUGUGAACAUUUUUUUUAAAUAAUUUAUUUAGCGCGUGAAGGGUGACUGUUGUGUAACACUUAUUUAUGCAAAUUAGUCGUGUUAUUUUCGAUUAAUUUUUUUGUUGAUUUUAAUCGUUUAAUUAUAUAGUUUACAUAUUAAUCACCCAUAUACUCACACUUUAUUGUUGAAAUGAUUUCAUAAACCAGCUAGAUUUAUCGUAAUCAUAAUAAUAAUUUUUCUGUACUUAUAGGUAAAAUAAAUUAUUAUUCCAUGCGAAUACGAGUCACAUCGUUAUGAUUGAAUAUCCAGAUGGCAGUUUCAAGUUUUAAUCAUAAAUUUCAAAAUAUAAAUAUUGCUAGCCAUUGAUUAUUCAGAGAUUAUUCAUGUAUAAAACAGAUAAAAUAGCUACUUUCUCUGUCAUUCGAGCAAUAUGUGCUUGACUGCGACAUAACAUUAUUAUAAAAUAGGUUUAGAGCUUCAAACUGAAAUUGUUGAAUCACGAAAGAGAACGAACAAGCUGCUUCAAUUUCCGUUUACGUUGUUCUCGAACUACCAAGUUUCAAAGAGUAUGCCCGAUGUUUCAAGAAUAAUAUUUAUCAUGAAACAUCCUCUAUAAUUCACUAAAAAUAUUGAAAUAUUUAUACUAUUUAUAAAUUGCAUGAUUAUCAUUCCUAUAGUUCAUAACAAGACUGACUUUGCACAUAUGUAACCAAAUUUAUUACUAGUAUGUACUGUAACUGAGAAUGGGCAGCAAAACAUCGCGCCUGAGGUACGAGUUAUGCAGAUAGAAAAAUCCUUGAACUUAAAUCAAGUUACUGAAUUUCGAUUUAGGCACUAGGAUAUAUAUCUGUGUAGUUGUACAAAUACUAAAACACUGAUACAACUGUAACGAAUUAAACCUAAUCCGUGAGUUGUAUUUUUUCAAGUGCAAUAAAGUAAUAUGCUUAUA